UUAUUCGACCGUGCCUUGAUCUUAUCCGUUCCCAACAAUAAAGAAUCAGUAUUGUUUGUUAGAAAAGAAAAACAUCGCCAUCUCCACCUCUCAAUAAAAAUGGCAUAGGCAAGCAGAUCGCACUCAAGGUAGCAGGUGCAGCACACCAGUUUUACACUUCGAACGCACGCAAGAGAAUCCUCCAGGUUCAUCUACGGCAUAGGAAGCGGGGAGAUGGAAGGGAGCAGCAGCCGGACGCCGGAGAUAACCAUCGUCCCGGCGCCUAGGCCGGCGGCGGGCGGUGGCGGUGGCGGUGGCGCCGUCGACGCGGUGAAGGCGGUGAGCAAGGAGCCCAUCAGCCCGGGCUCGCCUUCCCCGGCCAGCAAGGAGCGUCCCGGCGCCGUCUCCCUGCCCGGGUGGAAGCUCGACUCCCUCUGCAAGGAGUCCAGCUCGCCGCCGGCCAUGAUGGGGCGCUUCCCCUAUUUCUGAAGCCAUCCGGCCUCUUUCUCAUCCGUGCCGUUCGUAGCAACCGCACGGACACCUUUGCUGUAGUAUUUUCCGACUAGUAGCAUAUCUAAGUUCGCAGCGGAGGUUUCAAAAAAAACAAAAAAGGUUUGCAACGGCAGUUUUGCUGCCCGUUCCAGCGAUGUCAUGCAGUAGAACUCAUACCGUGAUUGUAGCGUUGUCACAAGAGUUCUGGCGUGUCUUUCUGGUUGCUUUGAACUUAUCGUGUACUCCUACGUGUAUAUUUUUGCCCUCGGAGUUUGUGUAUGAUCAUGUAAACUUCAAAUCCUCAA